CUCGUUGCUCGCUGCUGCAGGAUGGCUGCUCCGCGGCGCUGGUGGCGGCGACUCCGCUUGAUGCCGGUGGCGGCCCUGCUGCUGCUGCUCCCGGGCCCGGCCGGCGCCGCCCAGCUCUCCAAGUGGCGGCUGCCGGUGCCCAUGGGGAAGAAGUUUUUUCAUUUUGAAAAGGUUCUCUUCAGCAACACUACAGUUUUCCUGAAGUUUGAAGGAGACGAGAAGGCUUGUGAUCCCUUGCAGGGUUACAAUGUUACCUGGUACUUUAGAUAUUCUGAUUGCUACAAUGAAGUCUCCAACUUUGGGGAUGAUCAAGCAGUGUCUUAUUUUGGAACCACUGCUGAAGCACAUACGGGUUGGUCAGGAUCCUACGCCAUGGCUUCACUCUUCUUCCCCAACUGUUCUGAGCUCUUCAAACCACAGAUUUUCUAUAAAGAGUAUAUUCCCCUAGAACACCUCUCAGAUGAAAAACAAGAGAGCUUAAAAGAUAAGGAGAAUGUAACAAACCACACAAUGGUGGCAGAGAAAACUGCAAGGAAUGCUGUGAUCCAAACCCGGAAAGAUGGGCCAUAUAUCUUCAUUGUGCAAAUUGGGAUUUCAGCCUUGAAGGAGUCUAGUAUCAACAUGAAAAGGAGGGAGAUAAUGGCACCCUCCUCUGAUCCAAAAGAGAGUCUCUUUACAAUGACUGUGGAACUGAAGGGUCCAUAUGAGUACCUCUCUCUUGCAGACUAUCCUCUCAUGAUUUUUUUCAUGGUGAUGUGUAUCGUAUAUGUGUUCUUUGGAGUUCUGUGGCUUGCAUGGUCAGCCUGUUAUUGGCGGGACCUUCUGAGGAUCCAGUUCUGGAUUGGUGCGGUUAUCUUCCUGGGAAUGCUGGAGAAAGCAGUCUUCUAUGCAGAAUUCCAGAACAUCCGCUACACGGGAGAAUCUGUCCAAGGUGCACUGAUACUUGCAGAGCUGCUUUCUGCAGUGAAACGUUCACUGGCUCGAACGCUGGUCAUCAUCGUGAGCCUGGGAUACGGGAUAGUUAAGCCUCGUCUUGGAGUCACUCUUCACAAAGUAGUUACGGCUGGAGUGCUCUAUUUAUUAUUUUCUGGCAUGGAAGGUGUCCUUAGAGUCACAGGGCUUUUCUAUGGCGCUAUGGCUCUGAUAGCGAACUUGGGUCUAUCAGUGAUUGAUGCCUGUAUUAUUUUGUGGAUAUUCAUCAGCUUGACUCAAACGAUGAAGCUGCUAAAACUUCGGAGGAACAUUGUGAAACUCUCUCUUUACCGGCACUUCACCAACACUCUUAUCUUGGCAGUAGCAGCAUCUAUUGUAUUUAUCAUCUGGACCACCAUGAAGUUCAGGCUGGUGGAUUGUCAGUUGGACUGGCAGGAGCUGUGGGUGGAUGAUGCCAUCUGGCGACUGUUGUUCUCAAUGAUCCUUUUUGUCAUCAUGGUUCUGUGGAGGCCGUCUGCCAACAACCAAAGGUUUGCUUUCUCACCAUUGUCUGAGGAAGAUGAGGAUGAACAGAAAGAGCCCAUGUUAAAGGAAAGCUUUGAGGGAAUGAAAAUGAGAAGUACAAAACAAGAACCAAAUGGAAAUAUGAAAGCAAACAAAGCUCAGGAAGAUGAUCUGAAGUGGGUAGAAGAGAAUGUUCCUUCUUCGGUGACUGAUGUUGCUCUCCCAGCUCUUCUGGAUUCAGAUGAGGAAAGAAUGAUUACACAUUUUGAAAGAUCCAAAAUGGAGUGAAGAAGAAGCUUCUUGAAAGUUCUGUUUCCCGUAGGCUGCCCAGUGGAUCGGGUGCAUCCUGCUGAUCUCUCUCUUGAUCUUCACCUUUGGAACUGGACACUGUAUUUGAGUGAGGGCAUCUUACACAGUUCACUGUGGAAGAGGUUCGCAAGGACAUUGAUAAACCUUUGGAAAAUGUUUGAAUUUAUGGUGUUGCUGCAAGUUUGGAUUUUUAAGUGAUUUAAAUGUGUGUUCCAGCACCUUCUGUAACUUUCUUCAGAUAUUUAAUCUGUCAAACUAAAAGUCCUAACAUCUGA